AUGGGUCUUCCGAAUAUUGAAAAUAUAAGACCGAAAGGCUUAGGAGUGAGACAUGCGCAGACAUUCUUGCUGUUUCUGGCCAUGUUCUUGGCGUACUGCAUGCGAGUGAACAUGAGUAUGGCCAUUGUGGAUAUGACCAAUAAAGAAAAUGACUUAUAUUUCGACUGGAGCUAUAGUGUACAAACUAUGAUACUGUCAUCCUUCUUUUGGGGAUACGUAAUCCUGCAAAUCCCCGGAGGCGAACUCGCAAAGCGGUUUGGUGGAAAAAUUUUAAUUACAAUAUCUGUGUCAGUCAAUUCGUUGCUAUCUUUGGCGAUGCCUUUUGGUGCGAAAAUUGGUGGAUGGCAAUUUGUUAUUACGUGCAGAGUGUUACAAGGGUUGACGCAAGCAUUCGUAUUCCCCAGCAUGCACCACCUCGUGAGCCAGUGGAUACCUUUGGAAGAGAAAGGCACACUAAGUACUAUUAUAUAUGCUGGUGGUCAACUCGGUAUAGCUGUUCAGCUUAUAGCAUCUGGUUUCCUGGCGACCGCGUGGGGCUGGCAGGCGAUCUUCUACUUUAACGGCAUUCUUGGGGCUAUUUGGACAGUAGCGUAUCUCAUACUGGGAUCCACUUCACCUGAAUCAUCCAAAUUAAUAUCUGAAGAAGAACUUCGGUAUAUUCAGAGGUCAUUGGGCAGAGUUGGUGAACAAAAGAAAUACCCAACUCCGUUCAAAAAGAUAGCAACGUGUCUGCCUUUCUGGGCGGCGGUGGUAGCGCACUGCGGGCAGAACUGGGGCUUCUUUACACUCAUGACGGAAAUGCCUACGUACAUGGCGAAAGUAUUAGAUGUGCAACUAACUAAAAAUGGUGUGUUAUCAUCACUGCCAUAUCUAGCAAUGUAUAUUCUGAGCUUCCCGAUGGGCACUAUGACCGACCUUAUAAUACGACGAGGCUGGCUCAGUGUUACCAACACAAGAAAACUAUUUAACACUAUUGGUUUGUGGGGUCCCGCGCUCGCACUCGUGGGUCUCUCCUACACGCCUGAAGGCAACAUGGUGCUAGCUGUAGUGAUGUUGACCCUCAGUGUGGGCAUAAAUGCUGGCCAGUAUACUGGAUACAUGCUAAUAUCUAUCGAUCUGGCUCCAAACUUCAGCUCCUCCCUCAUGGGAAUAUCGAACUUCUUCGCCAACAUUAUAUCUAUCAUAGCGCCCAUCGUCUGCGGCUUGAUCAUCAAAGAUGAGACUGAUGCAUCAGAGUGGCGUAAAGUAUUCUUCUUAGCAUCUGCUGUUUACUUCUUCACUAAUCUGUUCUUUAUAUUAUUUACGACUUCAACUCAACAGGAAUGGAAUGAGCCUUCAGAACCAAAUGAGACUGAUAUUGAAAAGACAACUCCAGACAAAGCCAGUAGUACUGCACACACG